AUGGACACCUCGCAGGCUCUGCCUCUCUUCCUGUUUCUGGCCUCCAGAAUAGGGGUCCUGGCCCUCAGAGCCUCUUCUGAACUUCAGCAAACCAACUUCUCCUCUGCCUCAUCCUCAGACUCAGAAAGCUCCUCCCAGGGCCUGGCUUUGAAAGUUUCCUCCAUCAAACCCCCCAGCUGGAAAUUCCCAGACCAGUCUUCAAGUUCUAAAGCCUCUGCUGAAAUCCCUGAUUCCAACUGGUUUCCUGAGGCCCUGAAUUCAAACGAUGUGUCUGGGUCCUUCUGGCCAAAUGUUACUGCGGAGGGUCAAAAUUUGAGCCCAGAUCCUACCUUCUCUGAAAUCCCUGGUUCCAAAGUAUUUCCUGAUAUCUCGCAUUCUCAAGUUUCUGCCAAAGACCCCGAGCCUUCCUUCUCUGUUAAGACCCCAGCUUCAACCAUUUUUGCUCAAGUCCCCGAUACCAAUGUAUCUGUUGAGACCCCAGGUUCAGAAUUCUCCAGUGAGGAUCUAGAUCUUGAAAACUCCACUCAGAGCCCAGAAUCCAAAGUUCCUGCUGAGACCCACCCUGAGGCAAACUUCCCUCAGCAGGUGGGGGGGCCUUUUGCUGUGCUGGUUGGGACCACUAUCCGACUUCCCCUGGUUCCAGUCCCCAGCCCUGGUCCCCCUGCGCCCCUAGUGGUCUGGCGCCGGGGCUCCAAGGUGCUGGCAGCUGGGGGUCUGGGGCCAGGGGCUCCUCUGCUUAGCCUGGACCCUGCUCGCCAAGAACGCCUGCAAUUUGACCAGGCCCAAGGAGGUCUGGAACUUGCCUCUGCCCAACUGGACGAUGCGGGGAUCUACACAGUUGAGGUCAUCCGGGGUGGGGUCUCCAGGCAGAUUCGGGAAUUCACAGUGGGCGUGUAUGAGCCCCUACCCCAGCUGUCGAUGCAGCCCGAGGCCCCAGAGACAGAGGAGGGAGCAGCCGAGCUCAGGCUACGCUGCGUGGGGUGGGAGCCGGCUCGAGGGGAGCUGAGCUGGAGCCGGGAUGGACGCGCCCUGGAGGCCGCGGACCCCGAGGGAGCGCAGCCGCCCAGGAUCCGCGCGAAGAGCGACCAGCUGCUCAUCGGGCGCCCAGUGCGCAGCGACCACGCCCGGUACACUUGCCACGUCCGCAGCCCCUUUGGCUACACCGAGGCUGCAGCCGACGUCAGCGUCUUUUACGGCCCAGAUCCCCCUGUCAUCACGGUCUCCUCGAAUCGAGACGCCGCCCCAGCCACCUAUGUCACCGCGGGCAGCAACGUGACCUUGCGUUGCACCGCCGCCUCACGGCCGCCAGCCGACAUCGCGUGGAGCCUGGCGGACCCGGCAGAGGCCGCCGUGCCCGCGGGGCCGCGCCUCCUGCUGCCCGCGGUCGGACCGGGCCACGCCGGCGCCUACGCCUGCCUCGCUGCAAACCCGCGCACUGGCAGCCGCCGCCGCUCGCUGCUCAACCUCACGGUGGCAGAUCUGCCCCCCGGAUCUCCACAGUGCUCAGUCGAAGGGGGUCCCGGAGACCGCACCCUCCGCUUCCGCUGUUCGUGGCCAGGAGGGAUCCCUGAAGCCUCCCUGCAGUUCCAGGGUCUCCCCGAAGGCGUCCGAGCAGGGCCGGUGCCCUCUCCGCUAGUGGCGGCCGUCCCCGCUCAUCCCCAGCUCAGCGGCGUCCCUGUCACCUGCCUUGCUCGACACCUGAUGGCCACGCGCACUUGCACUGUCACCCCGGAAGCCCCCCGAGAGGUGUUGCUACAUCCGCUGGUGGAGGAGACACGAUCAGGGGAGGCAGAGGUGGCACUGGAGGCAUCUGGCUGUCUCCCACCCUCACGAGCAUCCUGGGCCCGGGAAGGGCGGCCUCUAACUUCAGGAAGUGGGAGUCGCCUGCGGCUCAGCCAAGAUGGGCGGAAGCUCCUCAUUGGCAACUUCAGCCUGGACAGGGACCUGGGAAAUUACUCCGUGUUGUGCAGUGGGGCGCUGGGUGCUGGGGGCGACCAGAUCACCCUCAUUGGACCUUCUGUCUCCUCAUGGAGGCUGCAGAGAGCCCGUGAUGCAGCAGUGCUGACUUGGGAUGUGGAGCGUGGGGCCCUGAUCAGCGGUUUUGAGAUCCAAGCACGGCCAGAGGGGCCUGACCUGGGCAGAACCUCCACCUUCAAGGACUGGGUCUCCCUGCUCAUCCUGGGGCCUCGGGAGCGGUCAGCCGUGGUGCCCCUCCCUUCUGGGAACCCUAGGACCUGGGCCUUGCGUAUCCUGCCCACCCUGGGGGGCCGGCCAGGGACUCCGUCACAAAGCCGAGUCUACCAGGCCGGCCCCACCCUGAGCCCCUGGGCCAUCGCUGGCAUCGUCCUGGGCUCCCUACUGGGCCUGGCACUACUGGCAGUGCUUCUCCUCCUGUGCAUCUGCUGCCUGUGUCAUUUUCCGGGAAAGAGUCCUAAGAAAAAGAAGCAUCCCCCCGCUUUGGCCCCUGUGAUCACCCCACCAGAAAAGAAGAUGCAGAGUGUGACCCCAGUGCAGACCCCAUGGCCUCUGCCCUUCAAAGUCCCACUGGAGGACCCUAGGCCAACCAAGGGCCACCAAGUGAGCGCCGUGGGCCCCAGUCCAGUCGUCUCUCCAAGUGGGGGCCCAAAGACUGUUCGGGCAGCUACACAAGUGUGAUCAGAGCCAGUGGCCUGCUCUGCACAGGAACUUUCUGUUUCAAUAUUGCUAUGACUGAGGGGUGAACCCCAAAAGUGGGUGGGACUUCCUGACUCCCUCUCACCUCAGAAAAAAAUUCUACCUAUAUUUGUGUAACUAAGGAGAUGUGACUCCUGGGCUGGGAAGGACUCCUGCUGAUCUCACUGUGUGGUUUGCACAAUCUCCAAGGCUCUGUGGUGGACAGUCAGGACUUGAUGUAUUAUUCCCAGCUAGAGAGGGAGCCUGGUCACGUUCUCUGAAGAGGUCCCCCUGCACUCACUUUGCCUCCUCCAGGCCACACCCCAUCCAAAUCCCAGAGUCUUUAUCUUAAAACAGAUCAGAUCAUGUCCCUCUUUUCUUUAAACCCUUUUAUGGUCACAAAUUGACCUUCAGAUAUUAUCCAAACUCAUCAUGACCUUCAAAGCCUUGUUUGGUCUCCAUCAGCCUCCUGGACCUCACCUCCCAAAACUGCACCUGCCCCAUCCCACCCCGCAGCAGUACAGGCUUUCUCUCAGCCACACUUUGUUUUGCCUCCAGGCCUUUGACCCUAGACUUUGCUCUGCCUGGAACACUUCUGUUUCCUCUGUGUCAUUCAUUUCUGAAGUCUAAGGGUAACCAUUACCAUCUAAGAAGACCUUCCCCAUACCCCUCCCUUGGUCAUGGAUUAAGUCCCAGAGUUCCUGAACUACCCCCUCCUGGUACAUAAAUACAUAAUUACUUGUAUAGCCUCCAACUCCCUCUUCAAACUGAGAGCUUCACAAAGGCAGAGACCAUUUCAUUAUCUCAACAUUUAACACACAGCCUGGCACACAGCAGACAAUAAAUAUUUGUUGACUGA